AGGACCCGAGAAAAACUACAUUUCCCGAGAGGUAACGGGGCCUGCCAUGUUUUCCCCGUGUGCCUCUGGGCCAGCGGCCCAACAAGCUGUCGGCGCUAUAGCAACGGUAGCUAGCGGCUGAGAGAGAGUGGUGAUAGGCCAUGUCUGGUCCGACUGAUGAGACUGCAGGAGACCUGCCUGUGAAAGAUAUAGGUCUAAACCUCUUUGGAAUGGGAGGGUUACAAGAAAUUUCAACAACACGGACAAUGAAAUCUCGCCAGGCAGUGUCACGUAUCAGUCGUGAGGAACUGGAAGACAGAUUUUUGCGUUUGCAAGAUGAGAACAUUUUACUUAAACAGCAUGGCCACAAGCAAGAGGAUAAAAUUAAAAGAAUGGCCACCAAGUUAAUACGGCUAGUUAAUGACAAGAAAAGAUAUGAGCAGGUUGGUGGCGGCCCCAAGCGGCUGGGACGAGAUGUGGAAAUGGAAGAAAUGAUUGAGCAGCUGCAAGACAAAGUUCAUGAGCUUGAAAGACAAAAUGAAGUCCUCAGAAACAGAGUAAUUUCAGCCAAACAGCAACUUCAAAUCCAGGGAUACAGGCAAACUCCAUACAAUUAUGUGCAAUCUCGUGUUAACACUGGACGUAGAAAAGCAAAUGAAAAUGCAGGCUUACAGGAAAGCACCAGGAAAGGUAUUAGAUUCCAAGAUGUAGCAGAAACUCUACAACCCAUGCUCACAAAAUACAGCAGCAGUUUACUUGAGGAAGCGAAAGGAGAAAUAAGAAAUUUAGAAAACGUUAUUCAAACACAGCGAGGCCAGAUAGAAGAGUUAGAGCACUUGGCUGAGAUCCUGAAAUCUCAGUUGAGGAGAAAAGAGAAUGAAAUUGAGUUAUCUCUUCUUCAGCUUCGAGAGCAGCAGGCUUCAGAUCAAAGGUCAAACAUUCGGGACAAUGUAGAAAUGAUUAAGCUUCAUAAGCAACUAGUGGAGAAAAGCAAUGCUCUUUCAGUACUGGAAGGAAAGUUUAUUCAGCUUCAAGAGAAGCAAAGAACUCUCAGGAUCAGCCAUGAUGCCUUGAUGGCAAAUGGAGAUGAGCUAAAUAAGCAACUUAAAGAGCAACGUUUAAAAUGCUGCAGCCUUGAGAAACAAUUACAUUCCAUGGCAUUUUCUGAAAGAAGAAUAGAAGAGCUGCAGGAUAGAAUUAAUGAUUUAGAAAAGGAACGAGAACUUUUAAAGGAAAAUUAUGAUAAACUUUACAACAGUGCCUUCAGUGCUGCCCAUGAAGAGCAAUGGAAGUUAAAGGAACAGCAGCUGAAAGUACAGAUUGCUCAACUCGAGACUGCCUUAAAAUCUGACUUAACAGACAAAACUGAAAUCCUUGACAGAUUAAAAAGUGAAAGAGACCAAAAUGAGAAACUCAUUCAAGAAAAUAGAGAACUACAAUUAAAGUAUCUGGAACAAAAGCAACAACUUGAUGAACUUAAAAACCGCAUGAAGUUUUACAACCAGGAGAGUGAAAUUAAUGCUGAUGAAUUGAGUGAAGCUCUCCUGCUUAUAAAGGCUCAAAAAUCACAAAAAAAUGGAGACCUUUCCUUUUUAGAGAAAGUAGACAAUAAAAUUAAUAAAGAUCUAGAACAUUCCAUGAGAGAGCUACAAGCAACUCAUGCAGAAACUGUACAAGAACUUGAAAAGACAAGAAAUAUGCUAAUUAUGCAACAUAAAAUUAAUAAAGAUUACCAGAUGGAAGUUGAGGCAGUGACCCAGAAAAUGGAAAAUUUGCAGCAAGAUUAUGAAGUCAAAGUGAAACAAUAUGUUCAUCUUCUUGAUAUUAGGGCUGCACGCAUCCAAAAACUAGAAGCCCAAUUAAAGGAUAUUGCCUAUGGAACCAAGCAGUACAAAUUUAAACCAGAAAUCAUGCCAGAUGACUCUGUGGAUGAAUUUGAUGAAACCAUUCACUUAGAACGAGGAGAAAACCUAUUUGAAAUCCAUAUCAACAAAGUAACCUUUUCUUCUGAAGUUUUACAGGCAUCUGGAGAUAAGGAACCCGUCACUUUCUGUACCUAUGCUUUCUAUGAUUUUGAACUACAGACAACUCCCAUAGUGCAGGGUCUUCACCCAGAAUAUAACUUCACUUCUCAAUAUCUUGUUCAUGUUAAUGACUUAUUUUUACAAUAUAUUCAGAAACAUACUAUCACUCUUGAGGUCCACCAAGCUUACAGCACAGAUUAUGAAACAAUUGCAGCAUGUCAAUUGAGAUUCCAUGAAAUUUUAGAAAAGAGUGGUAGAAUAUUUUCCACAGCAAGUUUGGUUGGAACUGAAGGAGACGUCCCGAAUUUUGGCACAGUGGAAUACUGGUUCCGAUUACGAGUUCCCAUGGAUCAAGCAAUUCGACUGUAUCGAGAACGAGCAAAGGCUUUAGGAUAUGUAACAUCAAAUUUUAAGGGACCAGAGCACAUGCAAUGGUUAAGUCAGCAAGCACCCAAAACUGCUCAGCUCAGUUCUGCUGAUUCCACAGACGGCAACUUAAAUGAACUUCACGUUACAGUAAGAUGUUGCAACCACCUGCAGUCCCGAGCAAGCCACCUUCAGCCACACCCAUAUGUUGUGUACAAGUUUUUUGAUUUUGCAGACCAUGAUACAGCCAUCAUUCCCAAUAGCAAUGAUCCACAGUUUGACGAUCAUAUGUGUUUCCCAGUGCCAAUGAAUAUGGAUUUGGACCAAUACCUUAAGUCAGAGUCCCUGAGUUUUUAUGUGUUUGAUGAUAGUGAUACCCAGGAGAAUAUUUACAUAGGAAAAGGCAAUGUGCCUCUCAUUUCAUUGGCACAUGACAGGUGUAUCUCAGGAAUAUUUGAGUUAACAGAUCAUAAAAAGCAUCCUGCAGGAACCAUCCAUGUUAUAUUGAAAUGGAAAUUUGCUUACCUUCCACCAAGUGGAUCCAUAACAACUGAAGACUUAGGAAACUUCAUACGCAAAGAAGAGUCAGAAGUUGUUCAGAGACUACCUCCAGCAUCCUCUGUUAGCACAUUAGUUGUAGCACCAACACCUAAACCAAGACAGCGUUUAACACCUGUAGAUAAGAAGGUGUCUUUUGUGGAUAUUACACCACAUCAGAAUUCUGAGACAUCUACUCUUUCUGAAGAUAGAAAAGAAAUUUCACCAGAAGUGGAGCAUAUAUCAGAAAUAGAAAUGAAAAUGCCAGCUGUUGCACAUAUUCUCCAGGAUUCCCAAGGAAGCACUGUAGAUAAGGUAAAAGAGAAUACUGAGAAAAUGCAGCAAAGAAAAAAAGGUGAUGUGCACUUACAAUCUGAGGAUCAGCUUGCAGAACAAAGUUUGACUUCUGAAGAUAGAACAGAAAUAACUGAGGAAUUAGAACCAGAAGAUGAAGAAGACAAAUCAGCUUCUGACAGUGAUGAGUGUAUUUUUCCAUAUGCUAUCUCCAAGAAUAUCAAACAGAACAAUCCAGAACAUUUCAGUUGUCACAGAUGUCUCCAUAGAGAAAUUCUUUGUUUCUGCGAUUGAUAAAUACAAACAGAACAGUUCAUCUGUCCAAGAUUUUACUAUCACUAUUAUAUAAUUAUUAUCAGUAUUAUCUAAUCUAUGACAUUCUGAUGUAUGGAAUCUUUAUUCAGAAUUGAUAAAGAAGGAAUCUUGCAUAUGAUGGCCUGAAGACUCUUAAUUGUAGCAUUUAAUUCAAUUUAAUUUUUUUAUCAAAUCUGAGAUUGUUAAAUUAUUUAUCAAACCAAUGGGUAGAAAUUCUCUACCCUCUAUUAGAAAAUUUCAGUAAUGGGAAUCAAUGGGAAAGUGGGCCCUUUUAUGGGAUGUACUUUGUACUUGGCAAGCUGGAAACCCAGGAGAGUCAAUGGUGUAGUUCCAGUCUCAGUCUAAGACCUCACAAUUACAAGAACCAGUGGUGUUAAGUUCCAGGCAGAAAGCACUGACAGUCUGGAGACCUAAGAAGAGUCAAUGUUUCAAGUCCAAAGGCAUAAAGAUCAAUGUCCUAACUGAAGGCAAUCAGGCAGAAGAAGAUCCCCCUUACUUAUUCUUUUUGUUUAUUGAGGUCUUCAACUGACUGUUUGAGGCCCCACCUGUUAGGGAGGGAAAUCUGCUUUACCCAGUCAACCAAUUCAAAUGUUAAUCUCAUCCAGAAAUGCUCUAAAAAACACACCUAGAAUAACUGACCAAAUGGCUGGGAAUCUAUCUCAUGGCCCAGUCAAGAUGACACAUAAAAUUAACCAUAACAUUAUUUUAUUAAGAGCCCUCCAUUCAUUACACAAGAGUAGGAAGUCUGCAUGUUUGAUUCAGACACAUUUCUUUCUCACAUAUUAAUAGUUCUUCUGCAAGACUGUGCUUACUUCAUUAGAAUUUUGCAUACAUAUUUGAUUUAGCCUUUUGAACAUCAGAAUGUGAGAAAUGAGAUACUGAAUCAGUCCUGGCAUCUAAGAAUGCAGGUAACAAGGAAUAUAUCUAUCUAGUCAAUCUGCAAACACUCAUCCCUUUUGAUAUAACUCAGUGAUUCCCAGGGAUUCACCCUCUGUAGUUUGUGAUCACUCCUUCCUAAGGAAGUAGAGUAUUCUAGCCCUGCCAUCAGGAAGCAUCUACGUUAAUUGGGAAAAUGUGUUCAGGGCAAUUCAAGUCAUAAUUCAGUUAAAUUACAAUAUAAAAUAAUGUCAAAGGACAGUAUCAAUAAUUAAUAUAAUAGAUAUUUGAGCUGAAGAAUAAUUAACUAUUUUAUGGCUCUUCUCUUGAGUAACUGAGUAACUGAGGCCUUCCAAAUGAGUAAACUGAUAUGCUGAGAUAUAAAGUGACUUUCUGAUAAUCAUGCCACUAAUUAAAGAAGUUCAGAGGAAGGAGAAACUUGGAGUGAUUUUUUCAAGUGCAUUUUGUUUUUAUUGAAGUAUAGUUGAUACACAAUAUUAUAUUGGUUUCAAGUAUACAACAUAGUAAUUCAGCAGUUAUUAAAUCCUCACCCCAACUAGUGCAGUUACUAUCUGUUAACAUAGAGAGAUGUUAUAGAACUGGAGUGAUUUUUUUUUAAUAGACUUCAUGGAGGUUAUGCCUCUGAGCUGGCUCACUCACCCUCUCCCUUUCUCACUGGCUGCUUGUCUGCUUUUUCUCAUUUUAAGGUAACUUUCUUUGCUUCACUUGCUUAUUACCCAAAGAUAGCCAGCCAUACAAUAACACCUAACCUCUGGAUUGAGUCCAUCUUUAUCAGUUGUGCACCUUCGAUCCAUCCCUUCAGCUCUGGCCAGUCACACACUAAACAGGAGUGUACUGCUUCAACUGUGUCAUCCCAAUGAAGGGGAUAUAUUGCACCAAGGAGAAAAUCAUACACAUUUAUAGUGCAGGUAGGGAUGCACAUUAUGGGUUUCGGCAGUCAAGAACAUACUAACUAGGGCAGCCU